AUGGAGAAAAAUCAAAACUUUUCCGUCAACAACAGUUGGCUUGGCAAUAUCUGGAACUCCUCAGUUGCCGAAGACAACGAGUUGCCGCCAUACACUCUCGCUUUCUGGACGCUUGGACAAAAAGUUGGAAUCGUUGCUGGUUUCGGGCUGCUCAUCGCACUCACCAUACUCGGGAACAUGACGAUCAUCGUGGCCGUCCUCAAGGACCCUGUUCUCAAGUCCUCCGUCACCAAUCUGUUCUACGUGAGCUUGGCUUUGGCAGACGUCUUAGUUGGAUUUCUGGUCGUUCCGUUGAUGUUGUUGUUCGUCUACCUCGGAUAUUGGCCUCUCGGUUACGCCUUUUGCGACGCCUGGCUCUCUGUAGAUUUCCUCUGUUGCACUGCGUCUUUCUACACCCUGACGGCCAUUUCUUGGGACCGGUACCGGGCUGUGUCAUGCCCACUGAAUCAUCUCACCACACGAUCUCGCCGUCGAGUCAUCCUCACCCUUGUUGGUGUCUGGGUCGCGGCUGCCUUAGUCUGGGUUCCCGCCAUUUCUGUUGUAAGGUACUUGUCCGGUCUGUACGUGGAUUAUUACUGUCUGUUCGUCACCAGUCCAGAAUACGUCAUGGUCUCGUGCAUUAUUGCCUACUACAUCCCCGCCGCGGCAAUGGUGAUUCUAUACGCCUUGAUUUAUAAAAACGUCCGCCAUGCUCUCAACAGCCCAGUGAACACGGAUGCCACUAACUGCCACAACAACACAGGAUUUCCCUCCCAGAAAAUUGAUUACGGCAACACGACGAGGAGCCAAGAAGGCAAAAUGUUCGCUGAUUCUUACGGGAAACUCUACAGGAACGAAUCCGGAAGCGAGGUCAGUGUAUCAAUUGUAUCUUUAUCCAUGACCAACACCGCAGCGUCCGUUUCGCAGACGUCCAUGAGCGAUUGCGGCGAGACGAAAUCAAAGAGCAGACGACACAUCAGAGAGCGCGAAAGUCGGUCGGAGAAGCAGCGCCGCACUAUGGUCACUCUGGGCGUGGUGAUGGCGGUUUUCCUGGUGAGUUGGUGUCCUUGGAUGGUCAUCUGGCCGGUGGCGUCAUACUGGCCUGACAAUGUCCCUCAGUGGCUGUACGAUCUGUCGGCCAUGGCCGCUUACAUCAACUCUCUCCUCAACCCGUUCCUCUACGUUUUUAGUAACCCUGCAUUUCGGGCUGCCGUGAAAAGAAUUCUGACAGGCAGAAAAAACUUCGACCAAACAUUUUAA